UCCUGCCGUGCACUGCGUCCCCACGCGGAUCCUUGGCUCGCCUCUAGCCUGGCCGCGGAGUCGUGGUCAUGCCCACCCAGCAGCCAGCUGCGCCUUGUACGUGUACCCCCAAACCCUCCCGGAGCCUCUCUGGCUCACUUUGUGCCCUGUUUUCUGAUGCAGACUCGGGAUCCGGGAUGAAGGCGGAGCUCUCUCCCCGGCCUGGGGCAGCGGGGAGGGAGAUGACCCAAGAAGAGAAGCUGCAGCUGCGGAAGGAAAAGAAACAGCAGAAGAAGAAACGGAAGGAGGAAAAGGGGGCAGAACCAGAAACUGGUUCUCCUGUAUCUGCAGCCCAAAGUCAAGUAGGGCCAACCAAAGAACUGCCAGGAUCCAGCAGUCAUUUGGGCACUGCUUGGGAGAAAGUUCCAGCUGGUCGGAGUAAAGCUGAACUUCGCGCUGAGCGGCGGGCCAAGCAGGAGGCAGAGCGGGCCCUGAAACAGGCAAGAAAAGGCGAACAAGGAGGAACACCUCCUCAGGCCUGCCCCAGCACAGCUGGAGAAACCCCCUCAGGAGUGAAGCGUCUUCCUGAGCACAUGCAGGUUGAUGACUCCACACUUCUGAGACGGCUUACUAAAAAACCAGAGCGACAACAGGUUCCUACACGAAAAGAUUAUGGAUCUAAAGUCAGUCUCUUCUCCCACCUACCCCAGUACAGCAGACAAAACUCUUUGACCCAGUAUAUGAGCAUCCCAUCCUCUGUGAUCCACCCAGCCAUGGUGCGACUCGGCCUGCAGUACUCCCAGGGCCUGGUCAGUGGCUCCAAUGCCCGGUGUAUUGCCCUGCUUCAUGCCUUGCAGCAGGUGAUUCAGGAUUACACAACACCACCCAAUGAGGAACUCUCAAGGGACCUAGUGAAUAAACUAAAGCCCUACUUCAGCUUCCUGACUCAGUGUCGUCCCCUGUCGGCGAGCAUGUGCAACGCCAUCAAGUUCCUUAACAAGGAAAUCACGGGUGUGAGCAGCUCCAAGCGGGAAGAGGAGGCCAAGUCAGAACUUCGAUCGGCCAUUGAUCGCUAUGUAAAAGAGAAGAUUGUGCUGGCAGCUCAGGCAAUUUCACGCUUUGCUUAUAAGAAGAUCAGUAAUGGAGAUGUGAUCCUGGUAUAUGGAUGCUCAUCUCUGGUUUCACGAAUUCUUCAGGAGGCUUGGGUUGAGGGCCGGCGAUUUCGGGUGGUAGUGGUGGACAGCAGGCCACGGCUGGAGGGAAGGCACAUGCUACGUUCUCUGGUCCGUGCUGGGGUCCCUGCCUCCUACCUGCUGAUUCCUGCAGCCUCUUAUGUGCUCCCAGAGGUUUCUAAGGUGCUAUUGGGAGCUCACGCACUCCUGGCCAAUGGGUCCGUGAUGUCACGGGUAGGGACAGCACAGCUGGCCCUAGUGGCACGAGCCCAUAAUGUGCCAGUGCUAGUCUGCUGUGAAACAUACAAGUUCUGUGAGCGUGUGCAGACUGAUGCCUUUGUCUCUAAUGAGCUAGAUGACCCUGAUGACCUUCUUUGUGAGCGAGGAGAACACGUGGCUCUGGCUAACUGGCAAAACCACCCAUCCCUACGGUUGUUAAAUCUGGUCUAUGAUGUGACUCCCCCAGAGCUCGUGGACCUGGUGAUCACAGAGCUGGGGAUGAUCCCAUGUAGUUCUGUACCUGUUGUCUUACGAGUCAAGAGUAGUGACCAGUGAGUAGGUUAAUAAAGGAUGUAUUCCCUACGCUCA